GUACCCAGCCGGCGAGGGACUUCCUGCCGCCGUGCAUUGUGGGAAGGCCGGUGGUCAGGGUUGGGGAGGGGGACAAGGAGCGGCUAUGGCGGAUGGCGAGGAGCCGGAGAAGAAAAGAAGGAGGCUAGAGGAGCGGCGGCUAGCGGGAGAGAGGCAGAGAGAGCUGGGAAUGGCUGUUGAUGGUGGGUGUGGGGACAAUGGAGACUGGGAAGGUCGCUGGAACCAUGUAAAGAAGUUCCUCGAGCGAUCUGGACCUUUCACACACCCUGAUUUCGAACCAGGCACUCAACCCCUUGACUUUCUGUUAAACACGUGUAAAGUUCUAGUUAUUGGAGCAGGAGGAUUAGGAUGUGAACUCCUGAAAAAUCUGGCAUUGUCUGGUUUUAGACAGAUCCAUGUUAUUGACAUGGACACCAUUGAUGUCUCAAACUUGAACAGGCAAUUUUUGUUUCGACCUAAGGAUAUUGGACGACCCAAAGCAGAAGUUGCUGCUGAAUUUCUAAAUACCAGAAUUCCCAACUGUGCUGUUGUUCCACAUUACAAAAAGAUUCAGGAUAUGGAUGACAGUUUCUAUAAACAAUUCCAUAUCAUUGUAUGUGGUUUGGACUCAAUAAUUGCAAGAAGAUGGAUAAAUGGCAUGCUGAUUUCACUUUUAAACUAUGAAGAUGGGGUGUUGGAUCCAAGUUCCAUUAUACCUUUGAUUGAUGGUGGAACUGAAGGCUUUAAAGGAAAUGCUCGUGUAAUCAUUCCUGGAAUGACAGCCUGUAUUGAAUGCACACUUGAACUUUAUCCACCACAGGUAAAUUUUCCUAUGUGUACAAUUGCUUCCAUGCCUCGGCUACCAGAACAUUGCAUUGAAUAUGUCAGGAUAUUGCAGUGGCCCAAGGAGCAACCUUUUGGAGAAGGUGUUCCUGUAGAUGGAGAUGAUCCAGAGCACAUACAGUGGAUUUUUGGAAAGUCUUUAGAAAGGGCAGCCCAAUUUAAUAUUAAAGGCUUAACUUAUAGGCUCACACAAGGAGUUGUAAAGCGGAUCAUUCCAGCAGUGGCUUCUACAAAUGCUGUAAUUGCAGCUAUAUGUGCAACUGAAGUCUUCAAAAUAGCUACAAGUGCAUACAUGCCUCUGAACAACUAUUUGGUUUUUAAUGAUGUCGAUGGACUCUACACGUACACGUUUGAAGCAGAAAAGAAGGAAAAUUGUCUGGCUUGCAGCCAGCUUCCUCAGAAGAUAGAGUUUUCUCCAUCUGCUAAAUUGCAGGAAGUCCUGGAUUAUUUGGUAAACAGUGCUUCAUUGCAAAUGAAAUCUCCUGCAAUAACAGCCACAGUGUAUGGGAGAAAUAAAACUCUUUAUUUACAGUCGGUAGCUUCAAUUGAAGAACGAACAAGGCCGAACCUUUCAAAGACACUAAAAGAGCUGGGACUUGUUGAUGGCCAGGAACUUGCAGUUGCAGAUGUCACAACACCACAGACUGUACUUUUCAAACUUCAUUUUACUACUUGAUACAAAUGCAAGUGAUAUCAACAUUCAUUGAAGAAAGCUUGCACAACUUGGAAAACUACUGUUGUGUUUUACUGGGUGGAAAGUUGACUUAUCCAGACCUUAUUUCUAUUAAUGUAAGCAUUGCUGGAAGUUUGUUUACCCUGAGUAAAUUGCUCUUAUUUUAGAACUGACCUUGCAAACCAAUAUUUGGUUGAAGUUAUCUGUAUAAAAGCUCAGUAAUGUACAGAAAGCUGAUGUAUAGCAGUAUUUUUUCCAAUUUAUAAUUACAUUAAAAGAAUGCCAGCACUCCUUUCUACAUGUGGGAAUCUCAUGAUGGUCACUAGAUUAGUAUUAGAAGUGCCCAUGAAUAGAGAUAACACCAGCUGUUGAUUCAGUGGUUAAUAAUGGUUCGUCCUUUGGACUAACAGGUGCUCUGCAGGCGCCCCAGCUUCCUUUCCCUGUCUCCUCCAGUGGGCACCCACUCAGGGGAUGAGGCAGGGCAGGGAAGCCUGGGAUGCUGCCUCUGAGUGGACACCCACCAGAGGAGGUUGGGGAGGGAAGCCGGGGUGUCUGCAGAACCCCUGCUCAUCCAAAGGACCACCGUUAUGAACUGCUGAACCAGCAGAUGGUGCCCAUUUUUACUGAUGAAUUGUCUGUGUAUUCACAAUAACAAAAUGGAUGAGGAUUUUAAAAUUACAUUUUAGAAUCUGUGUAAAAGCUUAGUUCAGAUUGCCAGACAGUAGAAUAAAAUCAAUGGCCUAUUCCUUGCAUUUCUUAAUAUGUCUUCACAGAGCUGUUUGUCAGAUAUUAAAGGUUGCCAAAACUCACUGUAUUUUUUUUCCAAAAUUUAGACAGAUUGUACUUCCACUUGUAGGUGUAAAAUUAAUUCAUCUGUAUAUUUGCACGUAUUAUCAGCUACUAUGCAUGGUGUUGCCCACUGAUAUUCAGAACUGGUGUUUUGUUGUUAGGAUAUUUAUUAAUAAAAAUAUACAAGGAUUAUUUUA